AUGGAGUUCCUGCUCCUCUUCUCGCUGCUUGUUUUGCUGGCGGCAACCUACUUGGGAGGCGGGAGCGCGCGGAGGCCCCAAAGCGCGCGGUCUCAAAGCCCCGGAGGAGGCAGCUCCCCUGCUCCCUCAGAGACCACAGCGCCGUUCUGGGUGAGCAUAAGCCCCAAGGUGAUGGCCGUGGCGCCAGGGAAUUCAGUGUGGCUAAACUGCAGCAGCAGCUGCCCGCUGCUGGAGAAUUCCACCCUCCAUACUGGACUGCAGCGCGGCCAGAAGCUCAGCGGACCCAGCUGGGUCUCCUUCCAGCUGCUGGAUGUAAGGACCUGGAGCUCCGACGUGCACUGCUUCCUCACCUGCGCCGGAGUAACGCGGGGGGCCACGGCCAAGAUCAACGCCUACAAAGGGCCGCACAGCGUGAUCCUGGAGCCUCCGGUCUUAGAGGGCAGUAAGCACACUUUGCGUUGCCACGUGACGCACGUGUUCCCCGUGGGCUUCCUGGUGGUAACUCUGCGGCACGGCGGCCGGGUCAUCUACUCAGAGAGCCUGGAGCGCUUCACAGGUCUGGAUCUGGCCAACGUGACACUGACUUACGCGUUCCGGGCUAGGCCCGAUGACCUCGGGCAGCUCGUGACCUGCCACGCGCACCUCAAUCUCGACGGCCUGGUGGUCCGCAGCAGCUCAGCACCCAUGGCGCCGGCAUUUCUGGAUUGGAGCUCUGAGUCCAAAGCCUUGGUUUCCACCUCGAUCGCAGCACUUGUGGGGAUUCUUCUCGCCGUGGGGGCGGCCUGCCUGCGAAAGUACCUACUGAUGCAGUCCCGGGCUUAGAGGGGGUGGUCCGU